UUCACAGUGCAGGAUGUGUGCCAGAUGUUGUUAUUGCAAACUCACGGUGACCCUGAACGGCGUGGUCCACAGACUUUGCAGUGACUCCUGCUUCAUGAGCUACCGCAAAGUCAACAACCUGCGCUUGUCUCUCUGCGACAUGUGUGACGCCGUCUGCUACAACAAAUGUCUCGUGGUCAAGCUGGAGGACGGCAGUAAAGCCCUCUGCAGUGAUGAAUGUCUGGUCAAGUUUAAAGAGAAAGUUGGCACUCGUCAGCUCUGCCCCAUGUGCCAGACGUCCCAUCAGCUGUCAGACAUGAUUGAAAAUAAAAAUGAUGAAGGCAGGCUGGAGUUCUUCUGCAGCAACAGGUGUAUGAUGGUGUACGAGGCCCAGACCUUCACUGUGACGGACAAGAAAAGCUCUUCAUCUGAAGUUUGUGAGGUUAAAGACGCGAAGCCAUCUGUAAUACAUCUCAACUGCAUCAAAACAGAGCCCAUCGAUGAGGGGUACAGCCAGAGUCUCACAGCCUCAGUUUCUCAUCAGGACAUCAAGAAGGAGCCAAAUGUAGUAAAGGAGGACUUAAAGAUUGGGUCGGUUUUCUCCUUGACCGAUGAAUCCAAACCUGCAGAGCCCUCGCUCACCAACACGGAUGUCCCUGCAUCGUGCUCCGCCUGCAAACAGGUCCUCAUGGAUGGAGAGACAGUUUACCAGAGGAAAAACCACACUGGCACAUUCUGCUCCACUUCCUGCCUCCUGAAAUGUUACCAAAAGAUACCAGUUUGGAGGACGUGCCACUUCUGUCUUCAAGUGAUAAGAGAGCCUCAGGACAUCCUCGAGAGCAAACACGAGAUCACGAAAGAGGACGCCAUCCACAAGAUCUGCAGUGAGCCGUGUUUUCUGCGGUUCUGCGGCAUGAACAACAUCACAGUCUGUGCGAACUGCCGCGCACACCGUAAAACACCGCUCACGCUCAAGAUGGAGGAGGGCGGCAACAAACUUUGCAGUGAAGAGUGCCUGGCCCAAUUCAAGCAGAAAAUCCAAACCCCGCAGCCGUGCACAAUGUGCCGUAACACUUCUCCGAUAUCAGACAUGGUUGAAAACAAAAGCAGUGAAAAUGUUGUGGAGCUCUUCUGCACCAAAAGCUGCGUGUCUGCAUUCAAGAUCCAGGCUGUCAAUUCAUCAGGAGAGCCAGAAUCCAGCAGGAGUCCCCGAUCAAAGUCAAAGGGAUUUCCUCCAUCCACCACCGAAGCUGCUAUGCGCCCAGUGUCAAAGCAUCGUAUUAACUACACCCAAAGUCAUCCAGAGAAAGGAAAAAUAUACUUUGCAUGUAGUGUGGCCUGUUUUCAAGAAUUUAAGAGGGUCAACAGCAUCACGGCUACCUGUGAAUACUGUAAGAAUGAAAGAAUCAUCAAAGACGUCAAGAGAGUCGGCGGCAAAGACUGCUGCUUCUGCAGCGAUGCCUGCAAGACACUUUUUUGUCAAGAGCUAAAAGGGAAGUGGGGUAAACACUGUCGCUCGUGCAGUUACUGCCAGUCGAUAUCCAAGAGUCUGGUGACGACACCGGGUGAAGACACGGACAUCGAGUUCUGCUCUGAAGCCUGCUGCUCAAAAUACAAAAUGCUCCUCAUCCAUGUGGCAAAAUGUGACACCUGCAGUAACAAAGGGAAACUAAAGCAGAGUCUGCCACUGCUGGGAGAGGUCAAAUACUUCUGUGGCAUGAAGUGUCUCCUGCACUUCUGCAGUAACAAGGUUCAGAUGCUCGACGGAGAAGUCUCUUUAUCUCCAGUACCUGCAGCACCAGCAGAGUCCUCUCCUGUCAUUGGGAAUGUUUUAUCUUUGGCUAAUGCUCUGACCAGGCAGCACAGCGGCCCAGCAGCCUCUCCACAGCUUGGCUCCAUCACUGACAUUCAAACAAAGGUCAUUGGACAUGCCAGCGUUCAGACUGUCCCAAAGGAGCUCAAGAACAAGUCGAUCAUCUGUACUCCGCUGGUUCAUAACAAAGGGGUCUCCUGUACAGAAGAGGCUCUUAACAUAGAGACACAAAAAGAAGACCGUUGUGAUCCUAAAGUCGUAGUCCUGCCUGUCCCAGUGCCGGUUUACGUUCCUGUGCCUAUGAACAUGUACAGCCAGUACACCCCACAGCCGGUGGGCCUGCCCUUACUGCUGCCUGUGCCCCUGGUCCUCCCUGUGAACACAGAUGGCUCUGAGGCAACGGUGAAAUCCACAAAGGAGAGUUUGCAUCCUGAAAACUUACAGGGUGAGCUCAACAUCAGGCCUGAGACGGAGAUAGAGCAGAGCGAGGAAGGGCAGAAGCAUGGAAAAAUGAUAAAAGAGGAAGAAAGACCCAAGCCUUCAUCCCUGGAGGACCACACCAGGAGCUGCAGCAGUGACUUGCGUACAGAUUUUAAGCCCACUUUUGACAACCAGGAGGAUUUCUUUGAUACCAGCGCCGGGCCGGUCACUCAGCCGCGAGGCCACAAAACCUCCCCUCCAGUUUCAGAUGAGGACAUGCCCAGCAGUCCUCUUCCUGACCCCCCACCUCUUUCUCCUCCUUCAGCUCUGGAAACUCCUCAGAGAUCACCCGUCGCUCCUCCUGCUCCAAUUUUAGUACCACAAACUUUGGACAAAGACAAGAACAAGGAUUGUAACCUGGAGCAGCUUUCAAAGAAAGAUGAGCAAGACGCUCCUAAAACAGACUUUACUCAACCAGUGUGUUCAAAGCAAAACACACUCAAGAGUCAAUGUGGAGUUGAUGCCUGGAAGAGAUGGAUCAAGUGGAGAGAGUCGCAAACCAACCCGGAGCCCGUUUCUUCUCAUGCACUGACGCUGAAGGCGGACCUCCUUCGUUGCUCUGUGGCUGAACUGAGCGACUGCCUGCUUUGCUUCAUCAGGGAGGUGAAACAGUCCGAUGGAGAGCCGUACUCCCCCGGCAGGCUGUUCUACCUCUGCCUCAGCAUUCAGCUGUUUUUGGUUCAGAACGGUCGGCUGGAGAACAUAUUCAGUGAUCUCAUCUACGACAGGUUUUCCACUGAGUUGACCAAGAUCCUCAAACCUUCAGUCACAGGUGGAGGUUGUGUCCUGUCCUGUGUGGAGGAGCAGUUUCUGUGGGACUGUAAACAGCUGGGGGCGUACUCCCCCACUGUCCUGCUCAACACGCUGCUCUUCUUCUUCUGCAAGUACUUUGGCUUCACCACAGUCGAGCAGCACCGCCGGCUGUCCUUUGCAAACAUCACACUCUGCACCAAAACCAGCAAGAGCAACACCAAGACCACCUUCCUACGCUUCCACCCACCUACUUGUACAAACCAGGAAGAGUCAGACACGUAUGACGUCCCAGCUAAGAAGGUUAAGAAAAACGAGUCUGAGGAGGAUUUGCUGGAGAUGAUGGAGAACCAGGAGAACCCCCUUCGUUGUCCAGUCAGACUCUAUGAGUUCUACCUCUCCAAGUGUCCCGCAUCGCUGAGGCAGCGCAGCGAUCUUUUCUACCUCCAGCCAGAUCGGAGCUGCCUUCCCAGCAGCCCUCUGUGGUUCUCGCCCGCCCCGCUCAAUGACAGCAGCGUGGAAGCCACGAUCAUCCGAAUCCUUGCUGUCCGAGGGCUGCAGGGGGGGAGAGAGAGGGUGCAUGUAUGGCCCCGUAACCACUGGAUGACCCAUCAUUUACACCUGAUCAGGAGGACUCAUUGUUUGAAGGACUUUUUUAUUAGGUGCAUCAAGAUUGAUUUAAGAAUAUAUACAUAGUAAAAACAUCAGCAUGAUUCAAUGAAAGAUGGCUGUUUAAAAACACACUGUUUAUGAACAAGUGGCAGAAAGACACCAGAUGUUUCCAUCAGCAGCUGGUGGAAGCUAAAAAUAGAGCUAAAAGAGACUUUAGAGAUUACAGCUGAAUUUAAAACUGUUUUUCUUAAACUGUGAAUAAGAGUUUCAUCAUGCCAGCUCCAUAUGUCAAUACUAUAUCACCAGUUUGCCUUGAAUUUUGGCUGACCAGUCAGUCAGCAGGCGUGUGAAAGAAGAAACCUCCCAGCAAUAUAAAAUCUGAACAGAAACCCGCCUCACAUCUGUGCAAGUGUUCCUGUCAUAGCUCGUUCCACAUCAAGUUGGCAGCGAUGUUUUGUUUUCUCUUCGUGCUGCUGAUUGCG